AUGAGCUACCAGUUCCCGCCUCUGUCACCGUUAAUCGCCAGCCAAGACGACGAGGACACGGUGGUGAGAAAGAAGGGCGUGCCCAAGGGGAUCAUGGCGCCGGCGGAGCCCCGGGGCCGCCCCCUCGACUACCCGACGCCCAACCCGUCGUCGUCGCUUUUCCGGUCGCUGUCUCCCGUGAGAGACGCUCCCCUGAGUCCUGUGGCCACUCACGAUGAUAUUGAACCGCAAACGGUGGCGAUCAACUCCGAUUUCAACAUCCUUAACCCUGAUCUGGAGGUGUUGAGAGUGCCGCUUUUAUCCUCUAAGCACAAUCUUGUGGUCGGACGGCUGCUGAAGAUGUGUGACUUCUAUUUCGGACUGCACGACAAGCUGGUGCUGCGGACUCACCUCCUGAUUACCUAUAACCACCACCACAUUGUUAUGCGUUGUCUUGGGGUCAAUGGCCUCAUGGUGCGGAUCCCUCGCGCGUGCUUGAUCUACAAGACUCCUACGCCUAACAGUUUUGUUAUCCUUGAGAACAAGUCGGGUCAGAUUCCGCAAUUGGCUAAAAAGUUGAAGCGGGCGCACAAGCUGAUUCGCUUGGACGAUAACCACACCGAGUUUGCUCUUGCCCGUCAUGAAACCAUCACUCUCCCUCGCUUCGCCAACAUCUUGUGUGAAGUGAACAAGCACGUGUUGUUGCUUAACCCUGACGAUGUCGAAGAAGACUUAACUGAGGACGAGGAAGAAAUGGAAACUGACGUUGUCGAACCGGCUCGCCCGAACCCGGUAGAACAACACAGAACCACCCUCAAACCCGCCCCUUACGCUAUUCCCAAACACAAGCAACUGGUGAUCGAACCACCUGCCACUCCCACCACCACCACAUACGAGGAGGUCACUCAACCCACCACGCCUCAAGCCCAGGUGGUGUUGCCGGCACUUCAACCCGCUGCGGAAAUCCCUGAAGCUCGCGAAGAACGUCGCCAAUCUAUUGUGGCUAAGGCUGUUUCUGAGCCUCCUCGUGACACCUCUCCCGACCCUAUCACCACAACCUAUGCGAGAUCUGAGUUUUCCACCCCCGAACCCUCGCAACAACCGGAGAAGGAAGAAGCUAUUCCCGCUCAAGAAGCCGUUUCCACUCAAGAAGCUGCUUCCGCUCAAGAAACCUCAGUGCCUUCUCCUAUUGAACAAGCGCCUAUUGAAAAGGAGAACAUUGAGGAAACCGUUAAAGAAACUAAUGAUGUUGAGGACAAGGAAAACGUGGGUGUAUCGCCAUCGAACAAGCCCUCGAAGCCAGCCCUGACAGCGCCAACUGCUAAUGAGACUACAGAAGGUGUUGAAGUGCAAACACAGGCUACCGCCGAGCCCACCGUCACUAAACGUCCGGCCGAAGAGCUCCCACAACGCAAGAAACAAAAGACCGAUCUGACUGAACUCAGUCUCGACCUGCCGGUCGAAUCCGCAGUUAGUGACGGUAAGUCUCUCAAGGAGAUCAAGAACAUCUUGGUCAACCACUUAGCAUUCCUGCGGUUAUCGCUGACGCCGGCACUGGUGCUCAAUACCGUUCUGGCCCUUACACAAACACUCAGCUUGUCACAGAUCCGGGUGGUGUUACAUAAUACUGAUUGCAUUGGUGUCAUCUACCGGGAAGGCAAGGACGCUGCUGGUAAGCCUCUUGAAGAAGAGUAUUAUUAUGUCCCCGAGAAGGAUGAUGACGAAGAACGGAAACAGCUCGUGGCCACCAUCAAGGGCCACGGCGGGUUGCGUGCCUGUCGUCGUAAACACAAGCAGUACUACUGGAAGAAGCCGGCUCCUAUCAAGAAGUAG